CAUCUCUUUCCUUCUCCCUGAAGACUGCUCCUGACUGUCAGCCUCUCUGCAGGUCAACCUCAGCUUGUGCUGCAGGCUGUCUGACUCACAGUUCCCUGAGUGACACCUGAGGAGCCACAGCAGAGAGAGAAUGGCCCAGGUCCUGCAUGUGCCUGCCCCAUUCCCAGGAACUCCUGGCCAAGCCUCCCCUGCGGCCUUCCCCAGCAGGGAACCAGACCCGCCAUACUCAGUGGAGACGCCCUAUGGCUACCGCCUGGACCUGGACUUUCUUAAGUACGUGGAUGACAUUGAAAAGGGCCACACACUGCGUAGGGUGGCUGUGCAGCGCCGGCCACGCCUGGGUUCCCUGCCACGGGGCCCAGGCUCCUGGUGGACGUCCACAGAGUCGCUGUGCUCUGAUGCCAGUGGGGACAGCCGGCACUCGGCCUACUCCUACUGUGGCCGCGGCUUCUACCCACAGUAUGGAGCCUUGGAGACCCGCGGUGGCUCCAACCCACGCGUGGAGCGCACCUUGCUGGACGCGCGGCGCCGGCUGGAGGACCAGGCGGCCACCCCGUCAGGUGGCCUGGGAUCCCUGACACCCAGUGCAGCAGGCUCCACCAGCUCCCUGGCAGGCGUGGGCCUACUGCCCCCCACACCUCGCAGCUCCGGCCUGUCCACCCCGGUGCCACCCAGCACUGGCCACCUGGCCCACGUGCGUGAGCAGAUGGCAGGGGCCCUGCGCAAGCUGCGCCAGCUGGAGGAGCAGGUCAAGCUGAUCCCGGUGCUCCAGGUCAAGCUGUCGGUGCUCCAGGAGGAGAAGAGACAGCUCACAGUGCAGCUGAAGAGCCAAAAGUUUCUAGGCCACCCCUCAGGGACACGGAGCAGGGGUGAGCUCUGCCUGGACCUUCCGGAGCCCCAUGACAACCCUGCUGGCCUAGAGACCCGCUCGGUGGGCACCUGGGUCCGGGAGCGGGACUUGGGCGUCCCAGAUGGUGAAGCCGCCUUGGUGGCUAAAGUGGCGGUGUUGGAGACCCAGCUCAAAAAAGCGCUGCAGGAGCUGCAGGCGGCUCAGACCCAGCAGGCCGACCUCCAGCCCCAGGCCUGGCCACCACCAGACACCCAGGUUCCUGUGGACCCCGUGCGAGUGGUGGAGGGUCCCCGGGAAGUAGAGGUAGCAGCCAGCACGGCAGCUGGGACCCCUGCACAGCGAGCCCAGAGUCUGGAACCCUACAGAGCAGGGCUGAAGGCCCUGGCCACAUCUGGGGGGACAGAGAACACCCUCGUGUUCCGCAGCCAUGAGGUGGUGGAGACCAUGUGCCCGCAUCCCACAGCUACUGCCAGCAACGUGCAUACCGCCAAGAAGAUCAGUAUUACGGAACGGAGUAGCGUUGGCACAGCCAGGAUCACAGGGCCUUGCUCUUCCGGUCCACACCUGCCUGCAGCCUGCACCACGCAGCCUGAGAACCAAGCAGCUGCCCAGGACACUGCUGCCCGGGAGCCCACCAGACCAGCCGCAUCGAGAGACUCGCAGGUGGCCGAGGCAGCAGGCGGAGUCUCUGUAGAAACACAGUCCCCCACAAAGAGGAAAGAGGACUCUGCAGACCCUGAGGUUCACCAGAGGAACCUCCAGUUUGUGGGAGUCAAUGGCGGGUAUGAGUCUUCCUCGGAAGAUUCCAGCACAGCAGAAAACUCCGAACACGAGAGCACAGAGAACGAAGGCCCCGAGUCACCGGCAAGGGUUCCGAGCACAGCCGAAUGCCCACAGCUCAGGCCGCCAGGGACUGCCGUGGCCAAGACCAGUCUGAAGGAGUGCCAGCUCACCCAGGAAUCCCAGCGUGUGCCUGCAGCUGAGGCAGCAGCAGGGCCCAACCCGGAGGAGGAAGUUCGGAUGGAUCUGAGCCCCGACCUCAUAUCAGCCUGCUUGGCCCUGGAGAAGUACUUGGAGAAUCCCAACGCCCUCACGGAGCGAGAACUGAAAGUGGCUUAUACCACAGUGCUUCAGGAAUGGCUGCGCCUGGCCUGCCGCAGCGACGCACACCCUGAGCUUGUGCGGCGCCACCUGGUCACCUUCAGGGCCAUGUCUACCCGGCUGCUGGACUAUGUGGUCAACAUCGCCGACAGCAAUGGGAACACAGCACUGCACUACUCUGUGUCACACGGCAACUUCCCUGUGGUGCGGCAGUUGCUGGACAGCGGUGUCUGUCAGGUGGACAAGCUGAACCGUGCUGGCUACAGCCCCAUCAUGCUAACUGCGCUGGCCACCCUGAAGACCCAGGAUGACGUUGAGACCAUCCUUCAGCUCUUCCGGCUUGGAGACGUCAACGCGAAAGCCAGCCAGGCAGGACAGACGGCCCUGAUGCUGGCCGUGAGCCAUGGGCGGGUGGAUGUGGUGAAAGCGCUGCUGGACUGCGAGGCGGAUGUCAACAUUCAGGAUGAGGAUGGCUCCACGGCCCUAAUGUGUGCCUGUGAGCAUGGGCACAAGGAGAUCACUGGGCUCCUGCUGGCGGUGCCUAACUGUGACAUCUCUCUCACCGACCGAGACGGGAGCACAGCCCUGAUGGUGGCCCUGGAUGCAGGGCAGAGUGAGAUCGCAUCCAUGCUGUACUCACGCAUGAACAUUAAAUGCUCGGUGAGUCCAGAUCCCUGCACAGGAGGGCGGGGUUCGGAGGAGCUCUGGGUUCGCGCCCAUGUCAGAGUACGAGAGUCCGGCUUCGUCUUCAGCUGA